CAAAACAACAAGGCGUCAUACCAGCGCGUGCUGCCCCUGGUCCCUUUAAAAUAGUUUGAUGCGCCACUCCCACUCCGCGAUUCCCACUCAGCUGUUACUGUAACUCGCUCCCACUCCUCACAUGGUGCUAUCCGGUCUCAAAUCAGCGCCGGCAGACGGAGGCUGCAGUGAGGACCGACCGCUGCCUUGAGUCGGACGGGAUCACUUCGUCUGUUUCUGUCACUUGUGAGCAACUUGUUGCGCAGCUGCUAUUUCCCACCUCCUCCACCUCUUCCUCCUGCUGCGUGGUCCAUCGCUGCAGCCAGACGGCCGCUGCUGCUCCACGGGAAACGCCAUAGCUGCUGAUCUGCGUCUCAGCGCCUGGAGGGUAGCUGUUCUACGUCUGUGAGGGAGGACAGCUGGAUGACUUUCCGUCAGCUGCCAACUUUCUUUAUUGGACUUAAAGGGAUGUACGCACGCGGGCUUGCGGGAUCUCCCUCACGCUACCUGUUUGUUUGUUUUUCUUCUUCCAUGAAGUCCUAAAAGUUUGAAUACAGCGAUUCUCAGUAAUAUGAGCAAAGGGACGGGGGAUGCGAGUCAUGAGCUGGACGCGUCCUUGCCAGGGACUGGACUGGAGCCACAGCCUCUUCUGUCUGACUUUACUGCUGUGGACCAGACGCAUGAACGGACUGGCUGACUUUUCAAACUACCUGUCGAGGAUCAUCACCAGCCACUCUGCCCACGGCUGCGACGGAACGCCGGUGAGACUCCACUGCCCUCGCCACUCCACCAUCUCCAUCCAGUCGGCGUUCUACGGCGGCGGCGGCGGGGUCCGGCUGUGCACGGUGGAGCCCACAUCUGGAGCCCACAACCACAGCUGCUCGGCUUUAACCGCUCUGCAGAAGCUCCUGUCCGAGUGUCAGAACCACCGAGACUGCCAGCUCCCGGUCAAUCACCUGCUGUUCGGGAAGGACCCGUGCCCCGGCGAGACCAAGUACCUCCACGUGGAUUACAAGUGCAAACCCUCUGAACACAAAACACAGGUGGCGUGCGAAGGGGAGACCAUGAUCUUGCGCUGCAAGACCCCCAAGGUGUUGCUCAUCUACGCAGCUGUCUACGGCCGAGGCCUGGGUCAGACGGACACCUGUCCCUCACGUGGGACCAGACCACCCCCGUUCGAGUGUCUGAACCACGAGGCCGGGCCGGCGGUGUCCAAAUCCUGCCACAGCAAACAGAAGUGCGUCGUUGCCGUCGGCGACCGGACCUUUAGGGACCCCUGCUUUCCAGGAACCAGGAAGUACCUCAGCGUGCUUUAUUCCUGCGUGCCGAAGGCUUUACUGCGUGAGGCAGACCCAGACAUGCCGAGCUCCACCUCAGCUCCCACCACAGAAAAAGCUCCUGCUAGAGACCUGGAGUCCCGCAGGCCAGAGAGUUCGGGGGCAGUGAUGAACACUCUUCUGACCUACGCCUUCAUCAAAGAACACCCGGAAACGGCGGCGCUGCUCUUCACCUCCAGCGUGUGCAUGGGCCUCGUCUUCACGCUGCUGGCUCUGUCCGUUCGGGUGACCUGCCGGGGGCGGCCGCUCAGAGACCGCAGACCGGCGGCCAGGUCAAGCGGCCUGGCGGCUCCUGACCGUCCCAAGCAGGGCGAGGAAGAGGAGGAGGAGGAGGAGGGAACGGAGAGCUCUUUGCUGUCCAGCGCAGAGAAGGAGGGGACGCCAGGCUGGGAGGAAGUGACUUACAUAAGCGAGGCGGCCGAGCUGGCAGAGAGGAUCGAGCGCAGAGACAUGAUCAUCCAGGAGAUCUGGAUGAACUCCUAUCUGAACGGCAGCUCCUGCUGAGCAACCCCACAAACAUUUUUUUAUAUAUAUA